UAUUGAUUGGUCAGCGUUGUCUACCGAGGGAAGCCUCCUUGAGGUCGCGUGAGGCUGCUGCUGCGUCCCGUAAAGUAUAGAAGGAAAGCUAAAUUGACUUAUCUCUUUUUUAAAAAAACAAAAACAAAAAAACAAAACCGAGACUAUAGAAAUGGAGCUCACUUAUCAAAAGCUGAAAGCUACCUAUCAGGCCAAGGAAGCGGAAGAAAUGCGGACGGAAGCUCGUCGGAAAAACCUCCUUAUUCUGAUAUUACAUUAUUUAACAGAAGAAGGGUAUGUUGAUGCUGCAAAUGCACUGGAGCAAGAAACAAAACUAGGCCUGCGGCGCUUUGAAGUUUGUGACAACAUUGAUCUUGAGACUAUCUUGAUGGAAUAUGAAAGUUACUACUAUGUCAAAUUCCAGAAGUAUCCAAAAAUUACCAAAAAAGCCUCAGAUACCUCAGAUAAUAAACCAAGAAGUGGAGGAAAACAAAAAAGGGCAGCCAGCAGCACGUUUCAGAAUCUCCCGAAGAUCAACCAGCGUCAGACAACGCAGAGGCCGAUGUCAAAAGCAAUGGCAACUAGGACAUCUGACUGCAAAAAUUCCAGCAAGGAGAGUCCUAAAGAGCAGGAGGGUGAAAGUGCUCUUAGCCGCAUGCCGUCUGAAUUUGGUUUAAACGUAUCUGCAGUCCACAAAGGAGGCGGUGGAGAAGGUGGUCAUCCUCGAAGGGGCCAAAUUAUUGACUUCCGCGGGAUGAUCCAAGAUGCGAUCAAAGGAGCAUCCAAUGAAAUAGCCAUGCAUAGCCUCAACUGCAAUCCAGAUCCUUCGGAACGAUUGCUGAAACCUCUGGGUGCCUUUGUUGGGAUGACCAGUGAAAUGAGAGAACUUGCAACCGUUGUGAGCCAGGAUAUAUAUCUCCACAAUCCGAACGUAAAAUGGGAUGACAUUAUUGGACUCGAUGCAGCGAAGCGGUUAGUCAAGGAAGCUGUUGUGUAUCCUAUAAAGUACCCACAAUUGUUUACGGGCAUCCUUUCUCCAUGGAAGGGGCUGUUGCUAUAUGGACCUCCAGGUACUGGGAAGACUUUGCUAGCUAAAGCUGUUGCCACUGAAUGCAACACAACCUUCUUCAACAUCUCAGCAUCUACCAUUGUCAGCAAAUGGAGGGGUGAUUCAGAAAAGCUCGUCAAGGUGUUGUUCGAGCUUGCCCGCUACCACGCCCCCUCCACAAUCUUCCUGGAUGAGCUGGAGUCCGUCAUGAGUCAACGAGGCACCGCUCCAGGCGGUGAACAUGAAGGAAGCCGUCGGAUGAAAACCGAAUUAUUGGUGCAGAUGGACGGCCUGGCCCGAUCGGAUGAUCUUGUCUUUGUUUUAGCGGCUUCCAACCUGCCCUGGGAGUUGGAUUGCGCCAUGCUGCGCCGGCUGGAGAAAAGGAUCCUGGUUGAUCUCCCGAGUAAAGAGGCCCGUCAGGCCAUGAUCCAGCACUGGCUUCCCCCGGUGAGCAAUAGUGGAGGAGUGGAGCUGAGGACGGAGUUCAACUAUGCCUUACUCAGUCAGGAGAUGGAUGGAUAUUCUGGGUCUGACAUUAAGUUGGUGUGCAAAGAAGCUGCCAUGCGCCCUGUGAGAAAAAUCUUCAGUGCCCUUGAGAACCACCAGCCAGAUAGCGGGAACUUACCUGUGAUCCAACUGGACACCGUCACGACAGAAGACUUCCUGGAUGUGAUCAAGCACACCAAGCCCUCCGCUAAGAACCUGAGCCAAAAAUAUAUCGACUGGCAAAGAGAAUUUGAGUCUGUCUGAGCGGGACGAGGGACUGUAAGCCACGCUUUCCUCUCUCUCUCUCCCGCAAGCCCAUACGACGUCUAUAGGACGUCUGCAAGAGGUGGAACGGUGUUUUUUUUUUUUUAAAGGUCUUUCUUGGGAAACGCAACAUCAGGAGAAACUGGGGCCAUUCUCAAAAGUGCACGGCAACAGCUGAUGAGAGAGGGACGCCAGCUGCUCACAGAGUAACUCUUUGGCCAGUUGUUCUUAAUUAAUAUGCAAGGAAAACAGUUUUGCACUUUAUUUGAUGCCUGUAACCAAAUGGUGGUUUUUAAUUUUAAAGCAUCCAGCUGACCAUCCCACAGAUGGACCGUAUUAGUCGUUUGUUACUAGUGUUCUUCGUCUUAAGAGAAACGGGGACAAUAUUGCACCACUGGAAGUGACAAAUGCUUAGCUGGGUUUAUAUAGCAACUGCUUCCCCCUCCAGUUCAAAUAUCCUCCACCCGAUGCAGUAACACAUCAUUUUUGAACUGGAUCGGGGUAAUGGGAGUUGCAGUAAAAUCCACGCGGAAGGGCACCCAACGACAGGAGACCCUUUUUUAUAUAGUAGAUCGGAUACAUUUUUUCCUUCCUGGAGAGAGGAGUUUAUUAAUAAACCCGUGCUUUCAGUAAAGCCACUGCUACAAUUACAGUGUAAUAAUUUAACACUCGGGAGCACAAUAAAGUGAUCAUAAAGGGCUCCAUUCUUAUAGCUUUGCAAAUGGACCAGAAAACCCAUUUGCUGUCAUUAGAAAAGUUAGUUCCUUUUGGUGCAGUUAACACGUGUGGGAAGGAGAGGGUUUGCUCAAAUUGCAAUCUCAUUUUAUAGCUGUACAAACAAAACCCUAUAAAAGUGGCGAAUGUGUCCCUAUGGUUUUUUCUUUCUAAAGGAUUCUCUCCCAUUUGUGUUUGGAAAGAGGUAGAGUCCCCCACCCGUCCAAAGAAACCAUACAACUGUUCUUAAUAGGCCCCUUGUGCAGUCUUUCAUCGUCUAUUGAGUUGCGUUGGACCAAAUGUUUCUUUCCAAGCCAUACUUGAUAACAACCAACACCUAAUUAAAACAUCUGUAAAAUCCUGAUUGUUUGAAUUUUAACAUGAAAUCUGAAAAACAACCCUUAUGGCUAUUAAUGGGCUGACAGAAUUUCAGCCAAGAACGGAAGGAUGACUUUAAAUAAAGAACGGUGGGUUAUAUGGCAACCUGACUGUAUUUAAGUUGGAU